UAUUUUAAUAUAAAAUGAUGUGGUAAGAUAUUAAAUAUUGGAUUACAGAUCUAGGGGGCAAAACUGAGCCGCCGAGGGACGCUGUGAAACAAGGCCGCUGAGAGGAUCCACAUCCCGACUCGUUGACUUCCGGUUCGAUCAUUGGAAAUCUCCUCAAGGUGCAGACCCUACUAUGGAUACACAUGAUUGGAGGGCUCAGCUGCUGCCUCAUAUUCGCCAAAUAAAAGUCAAUGAAAUAAUGAUUAAAUUAAAGACGCCUAUGUCUCAUGCUGAUGAUGAUGAAUUGAUUGAAGUUCAAAAAAUUGCUCAAAGUUUUGAGCAGAAGACUUAUGCUGGUGCAGCAAACGAGGAGGAUUAUUUACAGAGAAUAUCUUCAAUGAUGCAGUUAAUUGAUAGUUAUCAUAAUCGUAAGUCCCAGAACAUCAAGAUCAAUAUUAUGCCAUCAGAUUCAUUUACUGACCCACUUUAGCUUUUGGAAGUUUU